GUACCUGCAGUCCUUCUCACAGAGAAGGCAGAAACACCUCAAAGCCUGCAUGUACGAACAUCUACUGAGAAAUUAUUUUAAUCAGACACCAGCUGAGUGGGAGAAAGAAAAAGAACAGAGAAGAACAAACAAAACUCCCUAGAUCUUGGAUGUAAGGGAACCCAGCAGCAGCAAUGGACUGGCAUUCCUUCCGAACAGCUGCAGUGCUAUUCAUUUUCCUGGUUGUGGCGGAAGUUAACAGUGAAUUUCGAAUCCAGGUUAGAGAUUAUAACACUAAAAAUGGCACCAUCAAGUGGAAUUCAGUCAGAAGGCAAAAACGUGAGUGGAUCAAAUUUGCUGCAGCCUGCCGUGAAGGGGAAGACAACUCCAAGAGAAACCCGAUUGCCAAGAUCCAUUCAGACUGUGCUGCCAACCAGCAAGUUACAUACCGCAUCUCUGGAGUAGGAAUUGAUCAACCACCUUAUGGAAUCUUCAUUAUUAACCAAAAAACUGGUGAAAUUAAUAUAACAUCCAUAGUUGAUCGAGAGGUCACUCCAUUUUUCAUCAUCUAUUGCCGAGCUCUGAAUUCACUGGGCCAAGAUUUGGAGAGACCUCUUGAGCUUAGAGUCAGGGUUUUGGAUAUCAACGACAAUCCACCGGUGUUUUCCAUGUCUACAUUUCUAGGACAAAUAGAAGAAAAUUCUAAUGCAAAUACACUGGUGAUGAGACUCAAUGCUACUGAUGCAGAUGAACCAAACAAUUUGAACUCAAAAAUAGCCUUCAAGAUCAUAAGACAGGAACCUUCCGAUUCACCAAUGUUUAUCAUCAACAGAUAUACUGGAGAAAUUCGAACAAUGAAUAAUUUUCUAGACAGAGAGCAAUAUGGCCGUUAUUCUCUUGCUGUAAGAGGCUCAGACAGAGAUGGUGGGGCAGACGGCAUGUCAGCAGAGUGCGAAUGCAACAUUAAAAUCCUCGAUGUCAAUGAUAACAUCCCGUACAUGGAACAGUCUUCUUACUCUGUAAGUAUCGAAGAAAAUGCUCUCUAUUCAGACUUGCUCCAGAUUAGAGUAAUUGAUUUGGAUGAAGAAUACUCAGCUAACUGGAUGGCAGUAAUUUUCUUUAUCUCUGGAAAUGAGGGAAAUUGGUUUGAAAUAGAAAUGAACGAAAGAACCAACGUAGGAAUUCUAAAGGUUGUUAAGCCCUUAGAUUAUGAAGCUAUGAACAAUCUGCAACUUAGCAUUGGAGUUAGAAAUAAAGCUGAAUUUCACCAUUCAAUUAUAUCUCAAUAUAAACUCACAGCAACUGCAAUCUCUGUGGUUGUGUUAAAUGUAGUGGAAGGCGCAGUGUUCCGCCCUGGUUCAAAGACAUUUGCAGUAACAAGUAAUAUGGGAGCAAAUUAUAAAGUAGGAGACUUCAUAGCUACUGACUUGGACACAGGUCUAGCUUCAACAACUGUUAGAUAUGUGAUGGGAAAUAAUCCAGCUGACCUGCUAGCUGUUGAUGCAAAAACAGGCAUCAUCACUUUGAGAAACAGAGUCACCCAGGAACAAUAUGACAGACUUGGGGGACGAUACCAAGGAACAAUUCUAUCUAUCGAUGAUUCUCUUCAAAGAACUUGCACUGGCACAAUUGUUAUCGACCUUCAAGGUUCUGGCUGGGAAACUAAUAACCAGGGUGGUACCAGCAGCGGUGGCGCCGGUGGCAGUACUGGUGGCGGUGGCGGUGGCAGUGGUGGUGGUACUGGCAGCGAUACAGGUACCAGUACUGAAACCAGUACCAGUACCGAGGGGGAUCAUGACAGAGAAGACACCAGUACCAACACAAACGAGAAUGGUUCCACGGGUAACGGUACUCCCAACACAGAAGGAAAUGGGGACGGCGGAGGAACUGAGUAUGUUCCUGGUGAUACUGGCGUCCAGCGGGAACCUCUGUCAGAUAAUGUUCAUUUUGGACCUGCGGGCAUUGGACUGCUCAUCAUGGGAUUCUUAGUCCUGGGAUUGGUCCCAUUUUUGUUGAUGUGUUGUGAAUGUGGCGGUGCCCCCGGUGGUGGAGCUGGCUUUGAGCCUGUUCCUGAAUGUUCUGAUGGAGCAAUUCAUUCAUGGGCAGUAGAAGGACCACAGCCUGAACCCCGGGAUUUGACCACUGUCUGUGUACCACAAAUACCACCUGGUAAUGUAAAUAUGAUCGAAUGCAUUGAUAACUCAGGAGUUUAUACAAAUGAGUAUGGUGGCAGAGAACUGCAAGAUCUGGGAGGAGGAGAAAGAACAACAGGAUUUGAACUAAUGGAUGGAGUGAAAACAUCAGCUCCACCUGAAAUAUGUCAAGAAUAUUCUGGAACAUUAAGAAGAAAUUCUAUGAGGGAAUGUAGAGAAGGUGGUCUGAAUAUGAAUUUCAUGGAAAGUUACUUUUGUCAGAAGGCAUAUGCUUAUGCAGAUGAAGAUGAAGGACGCCCAUCCAAUGACUGCUUGCUCAUAUAUGACAUUGAAGGUGUAGGUUCCCCCGCCGGCUCCGUGGGCUGUUGCAGUUUCAUUGGAGAAGACUUGGAUGAAAGCUUCUUGGAUACUCUGGGACCUAAAUUUAAGAAGUUGGCAGAUAUCAGCCUAGGAAGAGAAAUCGAAUCAUAUCCAGACCCCGAUCCUUCUUGGCAACCUCAGACCACUGAACCAACUUGUCCCCAACAGACAACAGAGCCCAUGGCCAGUGGACACCCACCAAUCUCCCCGCACUUUGGCACUACUACAGUAAUUUCUGAGAGCACCUAUCCCUCAGGACCUGGUGUACAACAUCCCAUGCCAAUUCCUGAUCCUCUGGGUUAUGGUAAUGUCACUGUGACUGAGUCUUAUACCACCUCUGGCACUCUGAAGCCCUCUGUCCAUCUUCAUGAUAACCGGCAUGCAUCAAACGUGGUGGUGACGGAGAGGGUGGUGGGCCCAAUCUCUGGCGCUGAUUUACAUGGAAUGCUAGAUAUGCCUGACUUGAGAGAUGGCUCGAAUGUGAUAGUGACAGAAAGGGUAAUAGCGCCAGGUUCAAGUCUACCCACCUCUCUGACUAUCUCUAAUCCUAGAGAGUCUUCAAAUGUGGUAGUGACAGAAAGAGUAAUCCAACCAACUUCUGGCAUGAUGGGCAGUCUGAGUAUGCACCCUGACUUAUCAAAUGCCCACAAUGUGAUUGUGACAGAGAGGGUUGUUUCUGGUGCUGGCAUAAGUGGAAUUAGUGGCACAGCUGGGUUAAGUGGAGGUGGGGGCAUAGGUAGCAGUGGCCUGGUUAGCACCAGCAUGGGUGCUGGUAGCAUGGGCCUGAGUGGGGCUGGAGUAAGUGGUGGUGGCAUUGGGCUGAGUAGCAUGGGUGGAGGUGGGGGCUUGAGUAGUAGCAUGGGGGGGACAGCCACUAUUGGUCAUGUGAGGAGUUCCUCUGACCAUCACUUUAGCCAGACCCUCGGAUCUUCCUCCCCUAGCACAUCUCGAAGUCGAAUUACAAAGUACAGUACAGUACAAUAUACCAAGUAAUCAGGAUCCCAGCGUACCUAUUCACAGUAAUUGUGAUUUAGGUUCAAUUCUCACCACCCCAAAAUCUAACAAUGCAAUUUAUGAUGCACAACUAGGUGCUAAGAUAAUUGUGGAACAAGCUGAGGAACCACAAUGAGAAAAAUAAAUGGAAACAUUGCUGUGGGGGAGAGUCCUCCUUAGCAUUCACAAACAUUUUUCUUAUAUUAGUACUAAUGAAAUUGUGAUCAUGAACUAAAUUAAUGCAUGGUCUUCUUUUGUGGCUGCGUGGCCUAUAGGGUCUUUUUUGCAUCUAUGUGGCCUCUAGUAUAUCUACAGCAUGUUGAAUAAAUAAAAUGUGAUCAUGUAAAAGCACUGACCUUAAGAUGGCAAUUGAUGUAAUUCUUGCUAUGUUAUGAUUUGCCUUUCACUCAGGCAACAUUCAAAAAGAAUAAACCUGUGAUAUGUUUUUGUGGGGAAACGGCUUAUAAACAUACCAUUUCCCCACAUAGGCCCUGUUAAUUUCACAGAUAAUAUAAAUGAAAAAUCCAACACAGAUUCAGAGCAGGGUUAAUCAUUAAAUAAAAUCUGACUACAUAAUCAAGUCCACAAGCCACCAAAGACUCUUACCUUGACUGCGCUUUAAUAGGACUCAAUGAAAUAAAUUUCAAAUUAGGAAAUACUUCCUAGAGGAAAAUUCUAUUAAAGAGCAGCAAGAAAGUAAGAUUUGUUCAGGGGAAGAUGGCAAUGUCUACACCUGAAUUUCAAGAUGGGACUUCAUUUAAAUCUCCUAUGGAGUCAAGGACUUUUCUGAUUCUAGACUGUGUGUGAUGAUAGAUGUGAUCUUGAAGAAUAUUGCUUACUGGUGAGGUUAUGGGACAUCACACUUAUUUCUCUCUUUACCACUGUGGUAGUGAAUCAAUAAUAAGGAAAACUUGUCAAGUUAACUCCUUAGAUUGAAGCGAAUAACACCAAACACGGUUGUCAUCACUGGUGGGAAAUGACCUUCCAAGUAAGCAGAUGGAACUGCAUUGUAUUUUCAGAUUGUGUUUUCAUUACAUGCUAUUCACUUGCACCCAGCUCUUUAUUACAUAACUCCUAAGUUUAAAAUGAUCUACUUAAGCUGAGCUGUGGGAAGAAAAGCUAGCAGUGUGGUUAAGCUUUGGGGGAAUUUUUUAAGGGUUUCUAAAAAAUGUUUUUAGAACAUGUAAACUGUUUUAAAUGGGGAAAGUUAGAAAAGAAUUGUUUGGUAAAGUAAUACCGUACUAAUUAUUAGCUUUAAUUGAGUUUGGUACUUUCUUUUAACAAUCCUCUGCUGCCAUUUUGAGGUGAUCAACCAGGAACCUUUAACAGAGUUGAUGAUAUUGUGUUAGCAAGAAUGAAAUAACACUAUUAGUGUAUCCCACUCCCUAAUUAAAUUUUUUCACUAGCAUAAAUUUUAAAUUGCUGGUUUGAGUUUUAAUAAGCUCUUGGCUUAGACUUGGAUCUGAUUAAUAGUUUCCAAAUACAAUAGCAUAAUAUAUUUAAUAUAUUUUUCUAACUUCAAAAUUUAGUAAUGUGCUAUUUAUGAUGUAUUAUUUCUGUGUAUUUGCCAUAUUAUGUUACCUGAUUUUAAAAUAUCUAAAAAGAAUCAGAAAGAUAAGUAACUUUACUAUUGCAUGGUAGAGGAAUUUUUUCUCUUUUUAAUUUUAUUGUUAAUUUAAAUUUCACUAAAGUGAAACUGGAUAUGACAAAAUAAAAUUAGAAAAAAUAAUAUCUUUCCCCUUGAAUUGUAAAUUAUAUACAACUUUUAAAGAUUUUUUUCUCCUGACUACUAAAAUUUCCCAGGGUGUUACAUGAUCAAAGAAUUAUCAUUUAACUUCCUACGUUUGUCAAAGAGGGCUAGGAGUGAAUUGUUUUACUUCGAGCUAUUCUGCUCUACAUGAUAGCAGACGAGGUUGAUAUUUUAAAGGCCACAAUAUGCAUCUUGUUUUAACUCUGUAGAAUAUGUAAAAUUUUGACAAUCUGUAGCAUGCCAAAAUGCAGAGGUGUAAAUAAAUUUAUUCAAAGGGAGUCUUUCUUUUAUUUCUUUCUGCCACUUAGGGGAUUGCAUUAACGAUGGGUAUUUUUUUUUCCAGAAACAAAGUCAAGAGGUGUUUAUUGAAAUAUACUUGAGUAUGCCUGAGUUCAGGAGUUUGAGGGAAUAUAAAUAAUUAUUCAUUAAUUAAGAAAUUAACUAGUUAAUUAAAGGGAAUGGUAUCUGACCAUAAGAAUUUUAUUUAUUGUCUUGCUAUGAUGUAUCAUCAUAAGCCUUUUCUUAAAAUACCUGAUACCUUCCAGAGAUAUUUUUUGGGUUGUCUAACAAAGGGCAGAAUAACAAUCUCAAAGCUGCUGUUGUUAAGAUCAAUUAUAAAAUUAUGAAAAAUACAAUUUUAAGAUGCUAAUAUUAGUCAUUUAUCUUUCUAGGAAGAGUCCUUCAAGUCAACCUUUUUUUGGGGGUGGGAGUGGCUGGAGAUUGCACAAUGAUGUUUUAAUUGUUCAGUUGUAAAUCUCACAAUUGCCUUUUUAAGACAACGAUUCUAAGACUCAUGUAAAGGUAUAUUUUUCAAUAAAUGACCUUUGGGCAGAAUUUCAUUCUUUAGAUGGUUUACUCUCAUUCAUAUGCAUUAUUCCAUAGACCUAGAAGAGAUACAGAAAUAAUUUCAUAAGUAAAUAACUAUAAUUUAGAUUCAUAUGGCAAGUUAAAUUGUAAAACAAACUUGCUCUUAACAAAAGGGAGAAGGAAUAGACAGUAACUUAGUGUUUUGCAUAUAUGGUUUGAAAACAAACCAUAAUGUUUAUAUAACAUCUGAUUUUCUAAAAAGGUAUUCCUCAAGACAAAAAUUACUGUAUUAUAAAUACUUUAUUAUUUAAUGUCAACCAAAAUACCAUCUUGAGCUAAUUUGGACAUUGAAUUCCAGAUAUGUCUGCUACGUAUUUCUUACCUCUAUGCAUAUUGCCUGAUGUAACUAUUUGCACUGAAAAACUUGCAGAUAAAAUGUCUUUUUAGCAUUAUUUAUAUAUCUUCAUCUGAACUUCUGCUCUACAUUUAUUAAUAAAGUUUUGGCAUCAUAAUUUCAUUUAAUGUA